AUGACCCCUUUCGUCAUCAACCCCCCAAGGUCGUCGAGAGAAGCAGCUGGAUUCUUUGUCGACGACGGAGACGUGGGCCGGCGCUCUGUCAGUCCCCUGUCAGAUGGCAACGCGCUGGAGACAAGAACCGCCCUGUUUUCGGAGCCCGACGUCCUGCGGGGGGAACGAGCUGUCCUCACGUGCACCGCAGCGGAGGCGCCGGGCGUGGCGGACCCGCCGCAGGGGGAUAGGGCGGGAAAGCGGGGCGCCUACACCUGGGGAAAGCAACAGGCAGAGAUGGCAUCAAGAUUCCGGUUCUUUCUGCCAUGCGUGGCCCCCCUGCUGGCAGCGAUAGGCUGGUGGUGGUACAGCACACGCAGGAAGAAGGAAGUCUGCGGGCGCGAGGAGGAGGGGGCAGCGGUGUGUGUGCCGGGCUCCCCCCGCGAGGCCGCCAGGGGCACCCAGGAGGUGGAGGAGGGGAGGCAGCCUGAGGCUUUAGCAGAGACCCACACGCCUGUUACACCACUGGAGCCAGUCAGCCAAUCGCAGGCUAAGGCUGUGGAUGGAGUUAGGCCCUCUGACAUGAACGUGGAGGAAGCGGUUGCGAUGAAUGCCUGUCAGCAGCAGGCCGCCCUUGCCUCUGCCUCCGGUCUGGGAGAAGAGCCCGCGACUGAUAGAGAUUCCGCCACUGUGGGGGGGGAGCCGUCGAGUCUGCAUUCCCCCCAGUUGCCCGACAUUGUGAAGGACUCAUUGGCCACGCCGCCCGCUGAAGCAGCACGGCUAGAGCCAGAAGGAGAGCCCGUGACAGAUGAGGCCACGGUGCCUUCCCCCGACACGCUGCAGACAGCUGCUCCUGAGGAAGAUGGCCUCCCCCUCGAAGGCGGCCCGCGUGAGUUGCCCGUUGUGAGAGAACACUGCCCCGACACCACUGCUGCGGAGACCUGCGAUGUCCCAGCCCCGCCUGCCCCCCUUCCCGAGCUGGAGCCGGAGGGGACCCCCCAGCAGGGCGGCCUGGGGUCGCCUCAGCAGAGCGGCCCGCCCGUGGAUCCACCCCAGAACGCAGAGGAGAGCGAGCAGCCCGAUGAAGCUCUGAUCACACAGGCCAUCCCUGUAUUAUCAGAAGAGGUCCUAACAGCCAAACGGCCUGAAGAUGUAGGUGACGAGGAUGAUGGGAGGCCAUCGGAGCCGAACAGCAGCUGUACCCUAGCUACUGAAACGCAGAGUGCAAUUCAGGGCCAAGGAGAACAAGACAGCAGCCAGAUGCCCAUGGAACCACAGCACCCUCUGCAGGAGGCUCCCUCUUCGUUGGGGGUCACAGAGGCAGUUGGAGACAAGGAGUCGCCGAAUGGCUGUGCGGCUCCUCAGGUCUGUGAGGUGGUGGAGGACACAAGCAACAGGAGAGAGGAGAGCAGGCAGAAAAGCCCCAGUCCAGAAACCACACCCUCAAGCCUGGCCAAGAUCCAGGCAGAGGAGAGUGUCACAGGAACAGAGGAUUCUGGGUCACAGUGUGAUGUGAACAGCGCGGAACUCUGCCACAGAGCAGGGCUGUCCUGUGCAGUGCCGGAGACGGGGGAGGAGCUAAUGCAAAUUUCAGCAGCUUCGCAAGCCUCAGAGGAACAGGGCCACAGUUCAGGCAGGAGAUCUGAGACCCAUCUGCAGGAGGGUCACCAGACCACCCUCUGCAUGGAGAACAAGGCCACCCCCAAUGAAGGCGAGAAGCUCAAUGGCACAGACCCAAAGAACGGAAGUCCUGUAGCGAGUGAGACGGAGGCAGACCGCUCUGGAGGUUCUGACACCAACGGCAUGGACUCUGGUGAGGGUGGCUGCACAAAGGGGCCAAGAGAGGGUCAAUGCCAGGGUAGCCAGCUCACCCACCCACAGAACUCCAAGCUCAUCAUCUGGGAGGUGCAGGUUCCCAAGUAUCUCGUGGGGCGAUUAAUUGGGAAACGAGGGCGAUACAUAAGAUUCCUGAAGGAGAAAACUGGUGCAAAGGUUUACAUUUCUAAGCAGCCUUACACUGAGGGUUUCCAGCUCUGUCACAUAGAGGGUUCAAAGCAGCAAGUGGAUAAGGCACUGGAGCAGAUUGGGAGAAAAUUCACUGAUCUGGACUUGACCAACCUGUACGCCCCUCCCCUGCCCGCCACCCUGCCCUCGCUGCCCAUCACCUCCUGGCUGCUGCUCCCUGACUGGGGGCCUGUGAAGGUGACCGUGGUCAAGAUUGUGUCUGCGGGUCACAUGUUCGUCCAGCAGCACACGCAUCCCUCCUACCCUGCGCUGAGUGUGCUCAACCAGGAGAUGGCGCUGUGCUACACUCAGCCCGACACGCCCUCCCUGUCUGCUCCCACUGAGGGAAUGAUCUGUGCAGCUCCAGCAGAGGGUGGGGCCUGGUGGCGGGCGCAGGUUGUAUCUUUCUUCAAAGAGUCCAACGAGGCAGAGAUCCGAUAUGUGGACUACGGUGGCUAUGAAAGAGUCGAGAUGGACAUCCUUCGGCAGAUAAGAUCAGAUUUUGUAACCUUACCAUUCCAAGGAGCAGAGGUGGCAUUGAACAACGUUAAGCCAUUACCAGGAGAGAGUGGCUUUUCAGCAGAGGCGAAAGCUGCACUCGAGGAGAUGACAAGAGGGACAUCUCUGCUUGCGCAGGUCACACGCUAUGACAGCAGCGGCAUUCCUUUAAUACAGAUGUGGCAGGAGGUCGGGGAUGAGAUGGUGUCAGUGAACCACGCCCUUGUAAAGCAGGGAUAUGCCACCUGGGUGGACAGCCACUGA